AUGGGGGCCCCUCGGGGGCCCCCCAUGGGGCCCCAGAGGUUGAAGGCACACAGGAAGACAUUAAUAAAGAAGGAGGAGGGACACGUACCCUAUCCGCUGGAUCCCUAUUGGGGGCCCUCUGCCCUCUUACCUGUAAUGGUUUAUGGACGUCUUCUUCUUUUUUUCUCCAUUAUGCGGCCAUCAGCAGAUUUUAAUAAAUCUUUUCUUUGUCAUAUAGAUCGUUAUAUAGCAGAACUGCAACAAGUCCUCAAUGGCCCUGAGUGCGGCUGUAUCCGCUCUACGUGGCCUUCUGCCUCUGCUAGGCAGACGGAGGCCCUUGGGGCCUCCCGCUGCUGCUGCAGCGGCUGCAGGGGAUAUACAAAGGAGAAGUUUGAUGAAGAAUGUGUCUCCAUAUCUAAUAAUUUAUGCGAGGCAUUAGAUGGCUGCCAAGAAUGCGUCCUAAUGUGCUGCACCUCUGUAUUGGAUGGUGUUGGGGAGAUGAAGGGUUUAGUUAGGCCCUCUGUUGCUCCUGAUACUGCUGCUGAUGCUCCUGCGGCUGCUGCUGCUGCUGCUGCUGCUCCUGCUGCUCCUGCUGCUGCUACUGAAUCAAGAAAAAUAUUGCCAAUCUUUGAGGGCUUAUUUGGAUUAGCGCAAGUUGCUUCUGUCUCUCUUGCUCUUAUCCUCUCUGUACUACAACAACUCACCCUCUGGAACAAAACGGUCACAAAGGCCAACAGCAACAGCGAGAAUGUCUUUGGGGCUGUCUUGCAAGCAACGAAGCCCUACUUGCAUGCAUUCUUAGACCGUAUACAAGGACAGCAGCGCGGAAUAGUUGAUGCUAUGGAUACCGCAAAACGAUUAGAGUUCAUCGGGCUGCCGCCAUGGCGGAGCUCCGCCUCCGCCGUAGAUUUCCCUUAUACUCUUGAUGACGAUACUCUAAUGGAGGAGGCAAGGCAAAGGGUUCGCACAAAUCUGUGCGCAUCUUACAUCGAGUCUGCGGUGACGAUAAGUUCGAUCCUUGAAACUCGCAUCCAAGCCAUCGGUGGUUGGCUGCAGGAGAGUCUGUCCGAGUAA